CACUUCUGAGCGCUCCCUACUGUUUAUCUCUCACCAUGGCAACUCAUCUCGUAUACCGCCUCACAAACCGAGGACCAAAAUGCACCAUCAAGCAAGUCUCAGAGCGCCGACCCACCCCCGACAAACAUGAAGUCCUCGUCAAAAUACAUGCUGUAUCUCUCAAUUACCGCGAUAUCGUAAUCGCAAAUGGUACCUGGCCCUUCCCUGCUAAAGACAACCUGAUACCAUGUUCCGACAGCGCCGGUAAAGUCGUUGCUAUAGGAUCGGACGUCGAAGGCUUCGCCAUCGGCGACAAAGUCGUUGCAGCUUUCGAUGUAGCCACUCUUUACGGCCCGCUGAAAGAUUGGAACCAUGGCCACGGUGGACCAAUCGACGGUGUACUGCGAGAAUACGCUGCCUUCCCCGCUUCUGUUCUGGUCAAAAUUCCUAGCGAGUCUAAGUUAGGAUUCCCGCAGUUGUCUACACUGGUAUGUACUGGCGUUACGGCUUGGAAUGCUUUAUAUGGAAAUAUUCCACUCAAACCUGGACAAACUGUACUUUUCCAAGGUACGGGAGGUCUUUCCAUAACAGGCCUCAUCCUCGCCAAAGCCGCUGAAGCAACGACCAUAAUCACUUCUUCCUCUUCCGCUAAACUAGCGCUGGUAAAAUCCAAAUACGGCGUCGACCACACAAUCAACUACAAAACCACGCGUAACUGGGCCGCCAAAGUCAACAAAAUAACCAAUAACAACGGCGUAGUUUUCAUCCUCGAGAACGGCGGUUCGGGAACCAUCAAACAGAGUCUAGAAUGCAUCACCGCAGGUGGCAUCAUCUCUGUGAUUGGAUUUCUGUCUCCGGCGAAACAGAAAGAUAUGCCUGACGUGGCGGGGCUGGCACUUGCCAAGGGAGUGGUUGUGAGGGGGAUUACGGUGGGAAAUAGGAAUAUGUUGAAGGAUUUGGUGAGGUUUGUUGCAGCGAGGGGCUUGGAGAGACCGGUUGAUAAGACAUUUGGGUUUGAGCAAGCUGAGGUCGAGGCUGCGUAUGAGUAUUUGAAGAGUGGGAAGCAUGUUGGGAAAGUCUGUAUUAGCUUGGAAUAA